UCUUCCGUCGGUCCUUCCUUCCUUCCUUCCUUCCUGCCUGCCGCGCCCGCACGCUUCGAGGCAUGGGGCAGAGCCUCCGGCCGGCCCGCGCCACCUGAGGAUCCCGGAAGCCGCCCCCGCCAUGGAAGAGGACCAGGAGCUGGAGAGGAAAGCAAUAGAAGAGCUGCUGAAAGAGGCAAAACGUGGGAAAACAAGAGCAGAAACAAUGGGACCAAUGGGCUGGAUGAAGUGUCCUCUUGCCGGGACAAAUAAAAGAUUUCUAAUUAACACAAUUAAGAACACCCUGCCUUCCCACAAAGAGCAAGACCACGAACAAAAAGAGGACAGCAAGGAACCGGCGAAAAGCCAGAGCCAGAAGGAGGAAGGGCGCCAGAAGCACCGGUCUCACCCGUACAAGCACAGCGUCCACGCCCGGCGCUCUCCACCCGGGAAGCGGGGGAAGCGGGGCGGCCAUGAGAAGUCGCACACGCGGUCCAGCAAGCGGUGAGGGGGGGGCCCGGGGCCCAGCGAGACCCUCCCAGCGCCCGGGCCUGGGGUGGUGCGGAGACACCAGGACGGGUUUACAGCAGGGCCUCAGUCCUGACGGCGGACAGUCACCCGAGGCUCCACGAUGGAAGGAGCACAGCCACGUCCCGGCAGGUUUAAGCGGCUUCGGCAGUGUAAUAUACAUUUGUCUGGGUUUUCUUCUGUCUUGUUUGGAAGUUGGUUUCAAAAUAAAUCUAGAAUUUACAAGUUUUCG